AUGCAACAAGAUUUGGAAAAGAGAGGAAUCUUUUCCGGUCAGGCAACUUGGUACGGUUGGAGUCCAAGUUCAAUGGGUGCUUGUGGUGGAAAACUUCCUCAAAAUGGUUACUAUGUAGCUUUGAACGCUCCCCAAUACGGUAACUUAAACGCACAAUCACCCAUGUGCAACAAACAAAUCACCAUCACAGACGGUACAAAGACUACACAAGCAACCAUUUUGGAUGCUUGCCCAGGUGAUGGAUCUACCUGCAAAUGGGGCUCUUUGGACAUGAGCAGACCUUUGUUCAGCUACUUUAACGAUUUCGGUCUUGGUGUCUUCAACAUCAGAUGG